AGAACUUCCAAGUCAAGGUGCCAUAAACAUACGCUAUCGCUGCUUUUUAGGAUGACAAUGUCUCCAUCUUUUUUAUAUUUGCUCAAUUAGACACGGCUUUAGCGGCACCCAUGGGGUACCCCAGAAUCCGGAGAAGGGGUAGUUGCAAGUUCGUGGGGUUAUAAAGCUAGCGGACCUGGCACUUUCGUUCACUCCACAUUGCAUACAUCCCAAGAGUUGGGAUAUCACUUCCUAAGAAAUCUCUCAUACCUAUCUUUUAUACCAUUGUCCUCGAGAAUAAUGGCUAAACUUAAGCAUCCAUAUGCAUGGCUUUUUUGCUCAUUCGCAGCCCUGGGGGCUUGUCUCUAUGGUUAUGACGGAGUCUAUUUCACAGGGGUGUCCGCUAUGGACAUCUUCGUCGAACACUUCGGGACCCAAAAAGCAGAUGGUUCAUAUGAGAUUUCAUCCUCGCAGCUUUCUCUAAUGACAUCGGUUAUCAACAUCGGAGAACUCCUUGGCUCCUUAACGGCUGCGCCAUUGAACGACUAUCUUGGCCGCAAAGGCGUUUUCCUAAUUGCUUCCAUAGCAAUCAUUAUUGGUGUUAUACUCCAGCUUGUCACCGACCAUAAUACGUCGUACAUCAUGGGAGGCCGCAUCAUUCUUGGCUAUGGCGUUGGUAAUUUCUCUGCCACUUCACCAUUAUACAUAGGAGAAAUUGCACCUGCAGCUAUUCGUGGCCAGCUUCUUAUGUGCUGGCAGCUUGUUAUUUCCAUUUCACAAAUUAUUGCCGCCGCGAUCAAUCGUGGUACCGAAGGAAUCAACUCGACCGUGGCGUAUCGUGUACCAAUGGGUGUCCAAGUCGUUUUCCCUGUCAUUGUUCUCGCCGGACUUUGGUGGGUUCCAGAGUCUCCACGCUGGCUACUCCGCAAAGGAAAGAAGGAGUCUGCCAGGAAAGCUCUUGUACUUGUUCAUCGUGGCGAGCAGUAUACUCCAGACGAAGACCUCAGUGUCCUGCAACAAGAUAUUGACGAUGAGUCUCUGAAGGCUGCAGAAUCAUCUUGGAUGGAUCUCGUUAGAGAUCCAAUUGAGAGACGCAAGGUGGUGUACUCUGCUGGUGCGUUGAUCGCGCAGCAGAUUAAUGGCAUCCAAUGGUUUUAUUACUUCGGAACUGUGUUCUCAAAAGCAAUUGGCCUUCAGGAUCCAUUUUUAAUGACAUUGAUUGUUUUUAUCAUUCAGGUAGUUGUUGUCUUUGUAGCUGUGCUUUUCGCCAACAGCCUCCCAAGGCGCCCGCUUCUCCUCAUUACUACAGGUCUUAUGACAGUCUCUAUCUUUGUUGUCGGUUGCCUCGGAAUACCUGGAAAUACGCCAUCGCCGACGAUUGGAAAAGUCAUCUUCGCAUUCAUUAUUAUUGAAAUUACAGCUUUCAACUUUGCAUGGGGCCCGCUUGGAUGGACGAUAGCUUCUGAGAUGGCAGUGGGCCGAAAUCGUAAUAAGAUCUACGCCAUUUCCGUUGGUUGCUUCUGGAUCACCGUAUGGGCAACAGUGUUUACUCUCCCUUACCUGUACUACAACGCAAAUCUCGGCCCAAAGACGGGGUUUGUCUACACAGGCCUUUGCUUUGUCUCGCUAUCAUACGUAUAUUUCUGCGUCGGUGAAGUCACAGGCAGAACGAUGGAAGAGAUCAAUGGAUUCUUUGCUGAUGGAAUCCCAGCAAAGCAGUGGCAACAUCAGCCAUCGCUUGCAGAGCGUGCAGCUAAUACUCAUGUCAAGGGUGAUGAUGAAGAGAAAAGCGCUGGAAGUAUGCAAGUUGAGAAGGGGCUGUAAAUUCGAGGUGUUUGAUUAUUACGGUGUAUAUUAUAAGAAACCUAGUAGAGGCGAGGAUAUAUUGCAUUUAUAGAUUCUGGG